CAAUUCACAAAAGAACAAUUUCUCAGUUUUCAAUCGAUCAUGAUACUAUUCUCAUGACCAAUGGCCAACAUUAAUCAAUUCGCCCUCUAACUAAAUCAUUCACCAAAUUAUUCACACCCUCUCAGCGAUCAACACUAAAACCAGGCAUGGGGAGCAACGCUGAUGGGGAGUCGGAGGAUGCCACGCAGUUGACGGCGGAGCUGGGCAGAACCCUAAAAGAUGGGGAGAGGAUCCUCGGCCCGACCCGACGGCCCGACGGGUCCCUACGCAAGCCUAUUCGGAUUCGUGCCGGCUACACACCCCAGGACGAGGUCGCCAUUUACCAAUCGAGAGGCGCACUCGUGAGUGACUCAUGCUUUCUUCAGUGGAAGAAGGAGAUGGCGGCUAUUCAUGAGGUGCCGCCGGGAUAUGAACCGGUAGAGGAGACUAAACCGAAGUCCAAAGCAGCUAAGAGGAAUGAGAGGAAAAAAGGGAAGCGCCAGCAGGCUGCUCUAGACAAGGGUAAAAGUUCAGAACAAAAUGAUACAUCUCCUGCUGACAGUUCGGCUGACGUGCCAGAAAAUGUAGAUUUCGUUGAAUCAAAGAUGAAUGGCCUCUCUCUUUCCGGGAGUUCCUCGGUGGUUGCACCUUCGGAUGCAUUAAAUGAGUGCGCAAGUCCCUCGGAGCAAGUUCAAGAUAUUGAUAAGAAGAUUCGAGCACUAAAAAAGAAGAUUCGGCUGACUGAAGCACAACAGCAGAAAGCUUCUGAAAAGGACCUGAAGCCGGAACAAUUGGAGAAGGUGGCAAAAUUGGAUGGGUGGCGCAAUGAGUUGAAGCUUUUAGAAGACAAGAAAGCCGAAUUAACGGGAUCACUUUCUUGAUGCAAGGUUUUGGAGCGGGAUUAGUCGAUAAGUGAUGUUCGGGAUUGGCCAAUGCUUGUGCUGUUAUGACCUGCCAUGAUCCUUUUAUCAAUUCACAUAAACCUACUAUGGUCUUGUGGAGUUGGGUCGCCACUGACGAGUCCUGGUCGUUUUACCUAUCUAGUAACAGACUUGAAUCUUGAGUGGACUAUUUGAAAUUUAUUUGCUAUUAUUUCUAAUGUUUCGACUUCUAUUAUUGUUACGUUUGAUCAAAAUGAAAUUAUAUUAUAUUUAUUUACGUCCGAUCUAAUUGCCCGCCUCAUCACUAUGAUGUAAAAGAAACAAAUCAUUUAAAUUCUAUUGUAUUUUCACGUUUGAUCAAAUUGUCUGUCAAGAUUACACCACAGAGAUUGAAAGGAUCUACAUUUGUAGUGCUAUGUUUUCAGUUUUGAUUUUCUUCACUAGCACUACAAUGUUUUCAGUUGGAUACUCCGUUUAAAUGUAAUUCCAAUGUAAUUUAAUUUUAUCUCUGUUGGAAUAGACAAUGAAAUUUUUCAUUGGAAGUUAUACUAAUGAAAUAUUCGUUCAAAUUUUC